AGAUCAGUGUUAAGGUUCCAUAAAGCUUGGACACCCUGAUUUUUACCUAGUAGAGUCUUGUCGAAGUGUCGGAGUGUUCGUAUUGACGACAAUCGUUAUUUAUUCGUAUUUAAAACUUAUAUAAAGCUAGCAUGACUAUUGCGAGAUACAUAUAUAUUUAAACUAUAAAUUUCGUAGAGAGAAGUUUUUCAAACUAUAAACUGCCAGUUCGUAAGUGUACAAUAUAACAUGCUAACCUCCGUUAAAGUGUAACAUUAAACCAAAAUCAAAAAAAUGUUUAUCUAUCUUUCUAAUUUUACAAAUAUACGACUGAGAAAGGCGUAAUAAACUUGAUGCUAUAACAAUUUGUGUUAUUGAUAAAAGAUUAAAGAAGUUCGUAUAUACUUAUGGUUUUUAAUAUAUGAAGAGUUUCUUUGGUAUUCAAGAGUAUUACUGUCUUGAAACUAUUUCAUUGAGUCGAAUUUCGCUUGGGAAAAGAUAGAUUAUAUAUUAGUAUAUAAUCAGUCAAAGAUUAAAUAUUGUUGCUAGAUGGUAAAAUUACAAAAGAAAAUAGCUUUGUAUCUAGAAACAAAUUUAAGUGUUGCAUUUAAGCGGUGGUACAAUAUCCACCACGGCUUUUACAGAGAUGGUUGGAUUGGCGGGCGGGGGAGGUCACCUUUAUCCCUCGCCCCCAAUGCAACCUAAUCCAGAGCUUAGAGAAAUGACUGGAAUUACACCUAGCGCUCCAACAAGCGCAGAUGCAUGCUUAAGUAUUGUACAUUCUUUAAUGUGUCAUCGUCAAGGUGGUGAAAGUGAAGGAUUCAGUAAACGUGCUAUAGAAUCAUUGGUGAAAAAACUUAAAGAAAAAAGAGAUGAGUUAGAUAGCUUAAUAACAGCAAUUACUACAAAUGGAGCACAUCCCAGCAAAUGUGUUACCAUACAAAGAACACUUGAUGGCAGGUUGCAAGUUGCUGGACGUAAAGGUUUCCCACAUGUCAUUUAUGCACGGAUCUGGAGAUGGCCAGAUUUACAUAAAAAUGAAUUAAAACAUGUCAAAUAUUGUCAAUUUGCUUUUGACUUAAAAUGUGAUUCUGUAUGCGUGAAUCCUUAUCACUAUGAAAGAGUUGUUUCACCUGGCAUAGACCCGUUCUUUACAGACCUGUCUGGACUGACACUGCAAUCGGGAGUAGGUGUAGGACCAGGCAGCAGAUUGGUGAAAGAUGAAUAUACUGUUGGGGGUGGAGGAGCAGCAGCAGCUGGAGCAAUAGGAGCAGCUAUGGAUGUUGACGGUGAAAUGAAUCAAACAAUACAACAUCAUCCACCCACACAAGCUCCUACAGCAAAUAAUACACCGCAACCACAACAAGGUUUUAUACCAGGUUUAGCUCCACCUAAUCCAACUAAUGGUGAGGGUAUAUUUGGCAGUAGUGGGGGAGGGAAUAGUGGUAACCCCCACACUAAAUUGGACGACAGUAAUUGCCCUAGGCAAACUUGGAUCCCUACACCUCAUCACUCUUCAACACAUAACAUACAUCAUCCAGUAGUACAUCCAAUGAGUCACACCGUAGGUAGCCAGCAGCAGUCAUUGAAUGCAGGCAGUGGAACCAGCAGUACUCAGAUUUUGAGUCCUCCCCAAGGACAAUCAACAGAUACUUUUUAUGGAACUACUACUCCACCUCAAGAUAUUAAUCAACCACCAACAAGCGUUGAUGCCUUGGCAGCUUCUUUGGGUGAAGGUCAAAAUUCUCCUGUGUCACCUGUGCAUCUUCAUCAUGCAAAUGGAUUUACUGUUGGCACGGCAACAAAUCCAUAUAAUUCUGGAGCUCCACAAUGGACAGGAGCUAAUACACUUACUUACACACAAAGUAUGCAACCUCCAGAUCAUAGACAUCUUCAUGCUACAUCUUACUGGACUGGUCAUGGAGGAGACGUUGGUGGAAAUAUUGGUGGAUUAUUGUCUACACAACCAGCACCUGAAUAUUGGUGUUCUGUUGGUUAUUUCGAGCUAGAUACACAAGUAGGAGAAACUUUUAAAGUAAGCAGUGGUUGCCCAACUGUGACGGUAGAUGGUUAUGUAGACCCAAGUGGUGGUAAUAGAUUCUGUUUAGGAGCAUUAAGUAAUGUGCACAGAACAGAACAAAGUGAAAGAGCACGGCUUCACAUAGGAAAAGGAGUAGUGCUUGACUUAAGAGGUGAAGGAGAUGUGUGGUUAAGAUGCCAAAGCGAGCAUAGCGUUUUUGUACAGUCUUAUUAUUUAGACAGAGAAGCUGGUCGAGCACCUGGAGAUGCGGUACAUAAGAUAUAUCCUUCUGCAUAUAUUAAAGUGUUUGAUUUGCGUCAGUGUCAUAAACAAAUGAGAGGACAGGCAGCUACAGCUCAAGCUGCUGCUGCUGCACAAGCAGCUGCUGUUGCUGGUCAUCUUACACAUGGAGCACCUAUAACUAAAAGUUUAAGUGCAGCCGCAGGUAUUGGAGUGGAUGAUCUUCGACGUCUUUGCAUCUUACGUUUAAGUUUCGUGAAAGGAUGGGGUCCUGAUUAUCCGAGACAAAGCAUAAAGGAAACUCCAUGUUGGAUUGAGGUACAUUUACACAGAGCUCUACAAUUGUUAGAUGAAGUGUUACAUACUAUGCCAAUAGAUGGUCCACGUGGUAUUGAAUAAUCUUACUACAUUUCGAUAAUGUACAAGAAGAAAAAAGGUCAUAAUGUUAGAAAUGUAAUGUGCAAAAUGUGCAUUAUAUAUAUAGAGGGACGUUUAAUAUGUAACACAUUCUUAAGAUUUUAAAUUGAUCUAAUUUAUGAAAAUCAAGUGAAUGAAAUUAAAAUAUCGAAAGCAUUCACAAAAGCAUGGUAAUUCUACCAUAUGAAUUUCAUUGAACCAAAAUAUUGGAGGAAAAAAAAAUUGAGUUUGAAGUACCAAUUAAAAUUCGUCUCAACAGUUUACACAUAUAUGGUAUAUCAUAUAGAAUAAAAUGUGUGCCACGGCCUUGUACUAUCAGCAAUGUACAAAAAUUAAACAAAGGAGACAUUAUUUUUUUUUAUCGAAAAAUUAUUUUUUACUGUGACGAAAUACAUCUGCAGAAGAAAAGAAAGAGGUAGGAUAAAAAUCUAUUUUAUUAGACAUUUGGUCUCUCUGAUUAAAAGCUGAAAUUAUUUACAAAAAGCAGUUGUUUCAGCUUGAGUAAAACGCAUGAAAAAAAAAAACGUUUAAUACGUUCAAAAGAAAUAGUCAUAAUCUCAUUCUAUGAGAUUUAUCAUUUAAUAUAGUUUGAAAUAUGUUAAAACCUGCUACAUUACAAGGAACUUAACUUUUAUAAUAUAUCAUUUGAAAGAAGAGAAAUGAUAACAUUUGAGUGCAUAACAGAGAUUUAUUCUAGGGGUGCACUACCGUACAAAAUCCUGUCAGAUGAUAGCCUUGAGACAUAGAAUUGAUAUAAUAAUCAUCGAUCGUACAAACUAUACACUAUAAAUAGGUAAUAUCAAUACUAAAAUAUUACUUAAAAUAUGUGACAUAUUUGAUUAAAUCAUAUGACUGAAUUGUCAAUAAUAAACAUGAUGAUAAUAAGCAUAUUAUAGAAGAGCUCUCAUUAAGUUAUUACAUGUUACCUGGAAGCUAUUUUAAAUCAUUAAUGUUUUACACUAAUUUGGUAUUGUGCCAUUAGAAUAUUCCUCUAUAAAAUCAUCUGUUUUAUAGUAUAAAACCAAAAAAUUAUUAUAUAAAUAUUUUCAUUAUAAUUAUUAGUAACAGUGUUUUUAUAUAUUAAUGCUCGUUUCAUCAACAAUUAUGCUUUAAGAAUUGAAGGGUUUAUUAAUUAUUAUCAUUGUUAUUAUCAUUCUUGUUAGUACUAUUAUUAUUAAUGCUAUUACUACCAUUACUAUUAUUAUUACUAUUAUUAUUACUAUUAUUAUUACUUUUAUUUUGUUGUAUGUAUUAUUGUGAGACGUAUGUAAGUCUACAUAUGAAUGUUGAAUAACUGUAGAAAUUGCUAAAAAGUCUGUAAAUGUUUCAUCUUUGAUUUUGAGCAAAUUUAAUUAUUGUAAUAGUACAUUUAAUCACUUUAAACAAGCAUCGAUAUUGCUGCUAUCAUAAAGUAAUAGUUGUGUAAUUAUACAUACCAUUUAUCAGCCAUUUUAUUAUUAUAUAUAUUCGUACAAAAUAUUUUAAUACAUGGUAGUAUUGUCAAAUAGGAUGAAGUUGACCAAAUUUUAUACCAAUAUAUAUAUAUAUACAUAAAAGCAUAUAUACAUAUAUAUUACAUAUACUUAUUCUGAUUUAUUGCAAAAGAGUUUAUGGCUUGUUUUUAUCACUUAUAUUCUGAAUUUUGGCUUCAUAAAGGUAUGCUGAGUUCUUUCUUUUUUGUUGUAAAUGAGUAGAGAUUAUUUGACUGUUUACUUUUUACAUAUUAACCUUAUAUUUCUUCAUUAAACAAUUAAGAUAUCAUUGUUUAAUAAAUACUUGUUCUUUUUGUAUAAUAUUCUGUCUAAUGGACAUUAUAUGUUGAUAGUUUAACUGAGCUAUCAUUCGCCAAAGUAAGCAUGAAGUUAUUAUAUAUUGCUUCUUUUUGUGUAUAAGUGCAAAAUAUAUAACCCUUUUUAUUAUAUAUAGUGUUGUAUUUUAAAAGUAGAAAUAUUAAUAUCACUAAACAAAUGUGAUUUAAGAAAUGGGUGAACUACAAAUAAAAAAGUACAUAUAUAUUGUUAACAAAUGAAUUAACGGCAAAUAAUGUUACCAACUAAGUUAAAAUUUGAUAAAAACUGUAAAUCAUUGCUAAGAUAUGAAAGCGUUUUCUUUGUUAUUUGACCAAGGCUAAAUGAGGGAUAUAUAUCGUGCACGUAAAGUCAGCAGAUUUUUUAAGUAUAUCUAUUGCCAAUUUCGUAUUAAGAAUACAUGUGCCAUCAUUUUCAUACAUACUAUACACAGAAGUAAAAACAGAGAUAAGAUUUAGAAUUUUCUACAAAUUCUAUAUUUUUAAACAAAAGUGCAUAAAACAUGAAUGAAAUGAAAUCUAAUUAUGGUACUUCAGUAUGCUUAACUAAUGCGUAUUAAAUGAGAAGAUACCAGUAAAGAUUGAAGUCCAAUCAGAUCUUUGCAAUGCACAUUAAAGCAAACCAAAUAAGUUAUCUAAUUUUAAUACUUAUAAAUGAAGAUGUCAAUCAUACAUGGCUUAAUUAACAUUGGUAUAUUAACUUUAAUAGCAACUUCAGAAUAACUUUACAAGAAAAUAUUUUGAACAAUGAGCAUAAUUUUUAAAGUAAAGAUACCUUUCUCUGAAUAUAAGUUUUUAACAUAUUGAGGAACUGGUAUCAAAGUGCAAUAGCCCUUUCUUAUGUCAGACAUAUUGUAGUUGAUAGAUAAAAGUAAAUUAUACCAUAGAAAUUUACAUUAUUCUUUAAGAAUUAAUAGUGGUAAGAUAUAAGACAGACUGGUAUUUAUAUAUACCACAUAUUUUGCGAUAUUAAUAUCAUAUAAACAUAUUUGUUUAUACGAACACAAAUAUAUGUAGCAUUUUUAAAUGCAAAAGCUUAUGUGAGAUAUAAUAUACUAUAGGUUCUUUUAUAUGGCUAUUUUCUUCAUUUUUUAUCAAGAUAAAUCAUGAUCAUAAAUCAAUCUAUUAAAUGUCACCUUUAAUAGCAAAUUUUUUCUUAUUAUAAAAGAAGAAUAAUGAAAAAUAUUUUUUAAUUCAUUGAAUGCAGUCAUUCUUUUGUAUUUAUUCUUAUCAUAAUAUAAACGAUUAUAUUUUUUACAGUUUGACAUUAUGUUCAUUGAUGAUUCUGAGAUUGAAGACUUAUUCUCAAGUGGUAGAAGUGUAUACAAUAAAUAUAAAAGUAUAUUAAUAUAUUAGAGUUCAUCUUUUGCUAGACUAUCUGUAUUUAUGUGAGUUUUUUUACACGUAUUUUUUUGUAUACUUAGAAAUAAUCUCCAAUAUUUUUCACUAUACGCAGAAGGUUUUUUUUCUUAACAAUAUGUUAUGGAGUAAGAUCAUUUAUUUCUAUGCCAAAGAUAUUCUAAUAAUAUAAUUACAGUAUGCUAUUAUAUAUAAACAAAAUAUAAAGAGAGUGUAGAUGUAAUUUUUUGCUGUUACUUCACAAUAAACUACGCAGACAGAAUUACAUUUAAUUAAUGUUUUUAUAUUACAAUCUUAUUCAAUGCAGAAUAUCAUAUAAAAAUUUGAGAAAAUGAUAUGCAUAAAAUACAUAAAAAAUCAGGAAAAAUAAAAUAUAUCUGCGAUAAUCAUUAAAUGCAAUCAUUUUAAAAUUAUUUUGCUUAUUAAUUAUUCAUACAUAUUUAUGGAUACGAAUAUAUAAUAAUAUAUUAUUUAAUUGUUGUUAUAAUUAUAUUACUCCAUUUGUGUUGAACGCAAAUUAUCACUAUUGAAACAAAAUGUAUAGUUAUUGCAACUAGAAAGGACUGUGUGAAGAGAACCAAUGAUAUGGUUUGAAAUACAUAGGUUCAUAGAAUUUGAAUGAAUAUGUUUAUAAGAGAUUUUUUGUUAUAGUAUAUACAUGGUCAUUUUAAAUAAACAUAUUCUAAAAAUUACGAACACUUUCUUGAUUCAUGUAUAUUUUAAUCCAAAAGUAAAAUGAAAUACAAUAAUCAAGAUAAAGUGAAAUAUAUUCAUUUUACAUUAAUACAUGAAGAAAAAAACAAAGGUAUUCUACUAACUAAUUUUAAUUUAUUUAUAGGCUCACGACAUUAUUACUAUUUACAUUUGUUUUUUUACUGUCAGUGUAUGGUUCUGUAUAACAGUUUCCUUUCAAAUCAAUAGCAAAAUCAUGAUUCACAAUAUUUAUUAAUGCUUCCUCAAUCGCUUUAUCUAUAUUUGCAGCAGUUAUAAAAGUAGGUGCUUCUUCCUUAAGUUUUUUAACAUGCUCUUCAAUUUCUUGUUCCUUCCGUUUAUCUCUUUCCUCUUUUUCUAAUAACUUCUUUAAUAUAGUUUCUUUUCUUUCUUCUUUUUCUCUUGCCAAUCUGUCUUCUCUAAUUUUGGCUAU